AUGAAGUAUGAAAACAGAGAAGAGUGGAUCGAGCAAAUUCCAACCAAUCAUUUUAUGAAUAAUUUGUUGGAUAAAUUGUCAAUUGAUGAAAACAAGAAAAAUUGCGAUCCUUGUUUUUCUCAAGGCAGCAGUAAACUUGCUACCUCCUGGUGCCUGAAUUGUCAUGAGGCUCUCAGACAGGCUUGUGAACAGGAUCACAAAAAAUUCAGGCUAUUUAGAAAUCACAUGCUUUCGGACUUAAAAAGAAAAGGAACUGAUAGAAAGGACCAAAUUACUGGUUUUAUUCCAUGUCCAGAUCAUAGAUCAGAAGAUGCCAAAAUAUUCUGUCAUGAUCAUCGAAGCGCAUGCUGCACCAUUUGCGCUACAAUUAAGCAUCGGUCAUGCAAGGAAGUUACUUCAUUAAGAGAUGCUGCAUUUGAGGCAAAAGAGAGUUCGGAAACAAGGAAUUUACUUAAAAGAUUAACAGAUAUGGAUAAUCAGUUGAAAAAAGCAACCGAAGAAAAACAAGAAUUCCGCAAAGAAAUAGCAAACGAGUCCACAUCAAUUAAAAUCAGAAUUGAAGAAUUCAAAGAAAACGCAAAAUUGAAGUUAGAUAGCAUGUGCUCUUCUCUUCAAACACGACUUCAGUUUGAAAGUCAGAAUGCUGAUUUUGAGAUAAAUAAUUCGUUACUUGAUAUUGCUCGCGUUUCCAGUCGUUUGCAGCAACAUAUUCAAAUUUUGGAAGCAUCGAUUUCACAAGGGUCCAAUGAAGAGUGUUUGAUUGAAUUAGAAACAGUGCGCGCAAAUGAAAGAGAUAUCAAAAUCGAUGUCAAAGAUUGUUUAAUGAAAAAGACCCCUCAAAAGAUAUCUCUCGAGUCUAAUGCCUUUUUUGAGAUGAAAUGGCCGGUGACACUCGCAGAUAUCCGUGUCCUCCGUUCACCGAUAUCCAUAAACACCGAGACUCAGUAUAAUUCAUAUGAAAAUCCCGUCAGACAUGAACAGCGCCGAAGUAAGGGCAUUUAUCGUCGUUAA